AUGCCACCAAGCGUAAACCUCAUGAAGUUCUGGUCCAAGUUCGGCCCCGAGUUUGGCCGUACGACACGCCAUUUGUCGCCUUAUGAGGUGCAUCCAGUGCGUAGCCUCAUCACGACGCUUCCCUACAAAACAAUUCGAAAAAUCAAGGAGAAUGGUCUGGUGCUCAUCCCGACCGCGGUCGCAUUGGUCGGGAUUGUCAAGUGGGGCAUCAAGGCCAAUGACGAGGAGCACCGCACGCACUGGAGCUAA